AUGGACGUGAACUCAACCACGCACUGGCAAGAUGUAGAAAUCUUGAAGCAGCUCAAGAACAGCGUCGAUCCCAACUCAGUUACCCAAGGUUCCUGCAUUGAUUCUUGGGAUUUCACUCUUGAUCCAUGCGACAAUCUGUUUAAAGAGAAAUUCACUUGUGGCUUUCGGUGCGAUGUUGUCGUGGAGGGCUUCUCUCGGGUCACCGAACUCGCUCUUGACUCGGCCUAUUACUCCGGCUCGCUCAGUAACGUGACGUGGAAUCUCCCUUAUUUACAGAACUUUGAUGUUUCGAAUAAUUACUUUAAUGGGUCCGUUCCCGGUUCGUUUUCUCAGUUAACUCGGCUGCAGAGACUCGGGCUGUCCAGGAAUUUGCUCUCUGGAUCGGUGCCGGAGUCACUGGGCUCGCUUUCCAACCUUGAAGAGAUGUACUUGGAUAACAACAAGCUUGAGGGGACAAUUCCUUUGAGCUUCAACGGUCUCAAGAAUUUAAAAAGGCUCGAACUUCAAGGAAACAGACUAAGUGGCGAGUUUCCUCAACUGACUCAACUCAGUAACUUG